CUGGACGGGCAGCUGAACGAGAAUAUCAUGGUGAAGAAGGAGCUGGACAUUCUGAAGGAAGAGAACGACGUGUUUAAGCUGAUAGGACCCAUACUUGUGAAGCAGGAAUUAUGCGAGGCCAAGCAGAACGUCGACAAGCGCAUGGAUUACAUAAAGUCUGAGCUGAAACGCGUGGACGACCUGAUGUCCACUCUGGAUAAGAAGCUCAACUCCCAGAGGGACGUGAUAGACAAG